CUUUUUUUAUUUCGAACUAAGAAAAUAGUAACAUUCUCCUUUAUAAAAUCAUGGAUGUAACCAAGACAUCAGGACACAAAUUUUAUCUCUCUUCUAAUAUAUGCAAUGUUAUUACGAAGCUCAUCAUCAUCGAAUUGCAUACUUAAUUCAUGGAUAUCCAAUUUCAGAACCCCAUUAUCAACGUCCAUUCAGCUUAAUUAUGAUGAAAAUUACUGUUAUUGCAAUAGGAGAGAAAUGGACGGUCCUGAUCAGAAGAAAAACAAUAUUCCUAUGAACAAAAUAAGCAAAAGGAAUUCUCGUUCCAACAUAGAAUUAUCAUCAUCAACUUAUAAUGACGAAGUUAAGACGACGAAAUUCGGAUCAUCGGAGGAUUAUUGCGCUGCACCGGAAGACGGAGGCGGAGGUAAAGUCUACAGCGGUGGCCGUUGGACCGGUGGUGGCAGAGGUGGAGAUGGUUCGGGUUCGGGUUCAGGUUCGGAUAAUUCAAAUGGUUGGCAUGGGAAUGAAAAUACAGAAGCGUAUUACAAGAAAAUGAUCGAAACUUACCCGACAAAUGCACUUUUACUCGCAAACUACGCAAGGUUUUUGAAAGAGGUUAAGGGGGAUUUAGUAAAAGCAGAAGAAUAUUGCGGAAGAGCUGUAGUGUUAAAUCCAAUGGAUGGGAAUGUGUUGUCACUUUAUGCAGAUCUAAUUUGGUUAACUCAAAAAAAUGCAUCUCGUGCCAAUGCUUAUUUUGAUCAAGCUGUUAAAUUUGACCCUCAUGAUUGUUAUGUAGUGGCAUCAUAUGCUAGGUUCUUGUGGGAUGCUGAGGAGGAAUUGAAGAAGUAAAAGAGCUCAGUGGAAUUAUAUCGUACGUCGAUAAAUGAAUACUCACAGUCUCAAGUCCAAUAAUAAUACACAAGAUCGAAGAAAUUAUCAUUAUUCAAAUUAUAGUGGAUGAAUUCGAUUAUAAUGGCUUCUUGGUUCAAAUUAAUUGGACUCUUUCGAAUAUGUAAAAUUUAUUUAUUUUUCCCCAAAUUAUGAUCAAAAUUAAAAGUUUUCACUCUCAUAAUCUAAAAAUUAUCUCAUUAAUGGAAAAGAGGGAGUAUAUGCAA